UGUCUGGCUCCUUGGAGUUUGGCCCUGGGGAUACUGUUCCCCUGAGAGUAUUCAUUGUCUGGCUCUGGCUAGUUUGCACAGCACAGCUCCCCGACUUACGCAAGUGUUCUGUUCCCAAAUGCCUUGCAUAAGUGGAAGUUUGCGUAACGUAUCUCUGACAAUUACGCGCCCAAAAAAAAAAGUUUACGGGGACGUUUUCCGUAAGUCGGGUUUGCAUAACCCGGGGAGCGUCUUUAUAGCACAGGUGAUUUGGUUCACUGGAGAUGGGGUUCUCCACAAAAAUUACUAAACAACCCCAGGAGGGGGGGACCAGUAGGGAGGUCAAAGCCAAAGGCCCAAGAGCUUCAUCUCUGGGGGGGGCUGUAACCUGAGCUCUGUUGCCCAGGUCUGAAGCAGAAGCCUGAGCCCUGGGCGGUGAGGCUUGGCCCAGGCAGUCUAACGCGACUUUGGGGUCCUGCUGCACAGUAACCGCUGCCUUAGAGGGAAAUGGUGAAAUGUACCAGCCUGGGGUACACAGGAAGUCAGACUGAAUGAAUCUAUAGCUCCAGCAAUCUAGCAUGGAAGAGCUGCAGGAGACCUGCAUGUGGUGUCACUUCUGCUUGUGCUACCUGUGCCUCAUGGGCGUGUAGUGCUACCUAAGUGGAGUCCCCAUCUCCUGUCCCUUCCACUUCCUGCUGGAGGGAACAGUCCUGUCCCGAAGGCAUAGAAAUAGAUGAGGCUUUUCACAGAGCUAAUCUGCCGCCCUUUGUUUCCAGACCUAACCUGGAUGUGUGCCAGAACCUUGGCUCUGCAGCCCUGAAUUUCUCUGGUGCCUGCAGUGUGGAUUCGGAGCUAGUCCCUCACUGGUGACACACUAGUGUUGUGUGGGGCAUUGGUGUUCGACAGCAAGAUCUCUGGGUCUGGGCCCUUAGGAGAGGCUCUUGGUUCGUGCUCCCAUAGAAGCAGUUGGGAAUGCAGCCCUAGGCUAGCGGCAACUGGCUAGAGUUCAUGGCCUCUCCCUGGGCAUGCGUGUGGCUGAGAAUUCACCCACAUCCCUGGGAAACAGAUUGCCUUAGUACACUUUCCUCUCUGCCUUUCGCUUGGGUUUGGAUGGAUGUUUUCGGAGCUUAAAGAUAAGCAGAGCAAUCUUCCCAGCACUAACCGUGCCCUAGGAGUGGGUAUAGAUAGCACAGGCGCCUCUCAGCUUUGCUUCAGGGAUGGUUUUUGGGGAGACUUUUCAGAAGAGCUCCUUCCCGGACCCAAGAGUAGCUGUCGGCAGCAGGCCCAGAGUUCUUUCCCUCCACCCCAGGUGUCCUGCCCCUGUGGUGUCUGCAGGCCCUUUUGCUCUGUGUGCUGGUGGCCCAGGGCCAGAUGGCAUGAGCUUCUUAGUCCUAGAGUUACCCUUUUAAUGGUGUCUUUGCUCCCAUUUCAGGAUUUUGGGGGAGGGCAGUACUGGGCUCAUGGGCCUGGCGACGGAGUCGACCCCAGGCAAGCGGAUCCGCAAGCCGUCACUGCUCUACGAGGGUUUUGAGAGCCCCACCAUGGCGUCGGUGCCAGCCCUGCACCUGCCUCAGGUGAACCCUCCACCACCGGAGGUGUCCAACCCCAAAAAGCCAGGCAGAGUCACCAACCAGCUGCAAUAUCUCCACAAGGUGGUGAUGAAGGCCCUGUGGAAACAUCAGUUCGCCUGGCCCUUCCGCCAGCCUGUCGAUGCUGUCAAGCUGGGCCUGCCGGAUUAUCACAAGAUCAUCAAGCAGCCCAUGGACAUGGGGACCAUCAAGCGGCGUCUGGAGAACAACUAUUACUGGGGGGCGGCGGAGUGCAUGCAGGACUUCAACACCAUGUUCACCAACUGUUACAUCUACAACAAGCCCACGGAUGACAUUGUGCUGAUGGCCCAGACCCUGGAGAAGAUUUUCCUGCAGAAAGUGGCUCAGAUGCCUGCAGAGGAGCAGGAGAUUGUCAUCACCGUGGCCAAGAACAGCCACAAGAAGGGGGCUUCCCGGGCGGCAGCUCUCCUGGCAGGUGCAGUCACUGCAGCUCACCAAGUGCCCGCAGUCUCCUCGGUCUCGCACGCCUCGCUCUACACCCCAAGCACUGAGAUCCCCACCACUGUGCUCAGUAUCCCCCACCCCUCGGUGAUCUCGGCACCGCUUCUCAAAUCACUGCACUCCGCCGCCUGCCAGCCAGUGUUGGCUGUGCCCGCUCCCACGCAGCCCGUGGCCAAGAAGAAGGGUGUGAAGCGAAAA